CUUGGUUUCAAGCAAUGAAUCGCGCAUGCGCAAUUCAUUGUUUUGACUGAAAAUGCCGUCGGUUUCGAAAACGGCGGCUAAUGCUUCUCCUCAAACCGAGAAACCAACCCACUAUACGUAUUUGAAGGAAUUCAGGACCGAACAGUGCCCGCUAUUUUUGCAGCACAAGUGCACGCAGCAUAGACCAUUCACCUGUUUCCAUUGGCAUUUUCUGAACCAGAGGCGUAGACGACCAAUACGGAGAAGAGAUGGGACUUUUAACUACAGUCCUGAUGUUUAUUGCACAAAGUACGACGAGACAACAGGCAUUUGCCCAGACGGAGAUGACUGUCCCUACUUACACCGGACCACUGGUGACACAGAGCGCAAGUACCAUCUACGCUAUUACAAGACUGGCACCUGUAUUCAUGAAACAGAUGCUCGUGGGCACUGCGUGAAAAACGGCUUGCACUGCGCCUUCGCUCAUGGGCCACAUGAUCUCCGCCCCCCUGUUUAUGAUAUCAGAGAAAUUCAGGCUCAGGAGGCUCUACAGAAUGGACAGCUGGGAUCUGGGGAAGGCAUCCCUGAUCUUCAACCAGGUGUACUGGCCAGCCAAGCCAUGAUAGAGAAAACCCUGACAGAGGACCCCCGGUGGCAAGAUACAAACUUUGUUUUGGCAAACUAUAAAACAGAGCAGUGUACCAAGCCUCCCAGACUAUGCAGACAAGGCUAUGCCUGUCCCCACUACCACAACAGUAGAGACAGAAGAAGAAAUCCACGAAAGUUUAAAUACAGAUCUACUCCAUGCCCAAAUGUGAAACAUGGGGAUGAGUGGGGAGAGCCAUCAAAGUGUGACAGUGGAGAUAGUUGCCAGUACUGUCACUCACGCACAGAACAACAGUUCCACCCAGAGAUAUACAAAUCCACCAAAUGCAAUGACAUGAGGCAAACUGGCUAUUGUCCAAGGGGACCGUUCUGUGCAUUUGCCCACGUAGAAAGAAUUCCUUCCACUGAAGAAACCAUGAGCUCCUUGCUAACAGCCAUGCAAUCAGGCUCCCAGUCCAAGCUAAACUCCCAGCAGUAUUCUGAGUGUCCAGUCAGCGAGUGGGGCAACAGUGCCAACUCCAUUAGCAGCACGACCAGCAACAAUGGCCAAGUGGGAAAUGUUUCAUGUUCAAAUAGUCCAACUGUAACGCCAAGCUCAGGGAGCAACUGUUCAUUAUCCCCAAUUGGACCCACCGGCAGACCUAAAUCCCUAAUUAAUGGUAGUUUAUGUUCAGAGUCCACCACGUCCAGUGUCUCAUCUCUGAGGUCUAACUAUCCCAAAGCUCCGGGCUUUGAACGUGAGGACCAGAAACUUCUUUCGUCUCAUGACCUGGGGUGUGAUGGUCUUGUGUGUUGGUCAUGUAAAUAUGCUGUCUGUUCUCAGAUAAGAACCCACAAGGGACAGAACGAUCAAAAGUUGAUGGACCAAGAAAAACAGACACACAAUACUGUAUUCUCUGUAGUGAACCCUUUGGCAUCUAGUAUAACCUCCAGUAUAACGUCAAGCUUGGCCUCUAGUAUUGGCUCCGAUAGCUCCUCACCCACCACCUUAUCAACAAUGAAUGCUAAAGCCACCCCAUUUUACCCUGGGAGCAAUACAGUGGAAUCCGUUAUAGGUUCUGCUCUUGAUCUCAAUUUUAGUGACAUCAAUGUUGCCUGUCUUGAUAAAGACUUAGAGGAGCAAGAAAACAACAUUUUCGGAUAUGCAAAUCAACGGUUAAUAGGAGGUUCUGCCCCGGUAAACAUUCCUGGCUCACUUGCACGGUCCUCGUCACUCAAUUCAUCUUCGUCACUCUCUGCCUCCCCUCUGAGCUCGCUCUCUCAAUCCCUGUCCCUGUCCCUGCUGUCAGGGGUGGCACCCCAGCAUCCACAGGCCCUCUUAGCCAAAGCUGAACACGGUCUUUUGGGAACGCCUACCUCCACUUCCCAGAACUCCCUGGGUUUGAAUGGGGGAACGGGCAGCAUAUGGGACUUUGUGAGUGGCAGCUAUUCUCCCAGCCCGUCUCCAGUGUUCAGCAGCCUCACCUCCACGACAGGAAGCUCCAGCAGCACCGAUGUGACCCGUCUCCUUCGGGAGCUGGAGGAGGCCAAGAGAAAGAUCAAGCAGUGGGAGGAUGCCUGGCACCAGGUCAAACAGGCAUGUGAAGCCUGGCAGAAAGAUGCUCACGAUGCAAAAGAGCAAGCAAAAUCAGCCGAGUCGGAGCGGCAGCUGGCAGAGCAGAAACGAGAGGACACUGAGCGCAAGCUGAAGGAGCUCCAGCGGGACUUUGAUGUGUUGUGUCGCUCCCCUGGAACGCCACUACUACGCAGCUAUGGAGACCUGGACCAGCUCCCUCUGCCAAAGCUUCACUCCAUCCAGAGCCAGCUGCGCGCUGAUUUAGAUCGUAUAGACGGGGUAAUAUAUCAGCUUCAGUCAAAGAAAUGUAUAGUUUGCCAAAAGCAUGACCGUUGCAUAGUUCUGCAGCCUUGCCAACAUUAUGUACUUUGUGAGAACUGCGCAUCUAAUAAAACAGAAUGUCCCUACUGUCAGACAAAAAUAUUGAAGUGGUGAUGUACAAUUAAUCAAGGUACUAUUUAAAGAAUUAGCCCUUUGAAGAACUACUAAUACAAAUAUACUUGUGUGUGUGUGUGUGUGUAUUUAUAUAUUACACACACACACACACACAUGCUUACAUUUUCAAAAUAGUUUUGUGUUUCAGUAUUUCAAACAGUGAUUUAACUAAUAGUUAUAUUAAAGCUUAUUGAAUGAUGUUUGACUGACAAGCAAGUCCUUAAAUAUAAUAAGUAAUUUUGUAAUAAAUGAAUGACUAACACACAUCCCACAUUAGCAUUAUAUUUCUGGAAAUUUGCCCCGAUUUGACUGUUCAUAACUUGAUGCAUCAGUCAAACAUCAUUAUAGCGACCAUCUUUGUGAAGAUUGAUUACUUGUUAAAGCACUUUGUUGAACUGGGAAUUUGUUAAAGGGUAUUUAGAAUUUUGCUUUAAGCUGCUUUGUAGUUUAUUUUAUUUUUUCUUAUUAGAUGUAUAUUUUCUCUAAAUAUACUAAUGUAUAAAGCUUUUGUGUGUACUGUGAAACAUGUAGAACAUUUAGUAUUUCCUAUUAUUAAAUCAUGGUAUAGUUCUAUAUAUCUUGUUAGUUUUCAUAGAAAAGUAUUUAGUAGUUUCUACUAUCAUUGUUGAAUUUACAUUUUCAAUCAAAUAAGUGCAAACCUUGAAUGCAUUUUAGACAUAACCAGCAGCUGUAAUAUCAAUAAGGCACAUACUCAAUGUUAGGGUAUCAGUUAAUCUAUCUGUAUAGUUGUUAAGAGGGGCACUUGUAGUAUGUGCAAAAGCCUGACAUGUUUGAUUAUUUGAGGACUUCUAGCCUCUUAAACAUGUGUAGAACAUAUCUGAUACUUGGCCUCUCAUUCUCAAGUGCCUUGCCUUAGAGUAAAACGCUGUGCAUCUAUGUUUAGGAUUGAUAAGUAGACACACAUAGUCUAAGCUCGUCUAAGAUGUCUGCAAAAUGUCUACUUCAUCUUGCAUUAACCUAAAUAUGUAUGCCAUAGUGUAUUUGCCCAAAUAUUAUUUCGAAGCAUUUUAUAAUUUAUAGUAUCAAAACAUACCUUGUCAGUGCCUGAAUGCUGACUUCAAAUCACACCUUAAACUUAACCCCAUUCCUUGUCUGAAUUGGCAAUGGUGCUUCUUAGUGUAGCUUCAGAGCCCACCCCAAAACAAACGCUUCUUGAGAUCUGAAGGGAUGUGACAGUGUUAAGGUGGUAAUGGCUCUAACUUGCGCUCUGCUUGGCUGGUUGAAAAGGCCACCACACUGUUAACAUUAGUCCUUAAGAUCGCCUCAAGCACAAAACAGUUAGGGGUUGAUUUGGGAAAAGGAAGAGUACAUUUAGUAGUAUGCAAAUAAAAGGACAAAACAGUUCAUGUUCUUGUGCAAAAGACAAGCUCUAUUUUACACUUAAGUGCAUCACCCUGUAGUGUUUACAAAAAUAAAAUCAGCGGUGGUGCACCCAUUGGUUGCAUUUUGAAAUAUGACAGUGUAAUGUGUUUAAGUUAAUCUAAUUGAAAUGACCUUCUACUGUGUAAAAACAAAACAAAAAGUUUUAUUUUUUUCUUGAUUUGUAUCUUGGUUCUUGUAAGACUGACUGCUUUUUGAGUUAUGUAAAGAGAAACCAGGUACAGCUUUUGCAAGGAAUUAAGCUAAAUUUGAUUUGUUAACAUGUAUGGCGAUGAAGCAACUCAAAAUUAACUUGUCUUGGUGUCUCUUAGAAAUGUAGUCACAGGAAAUAUUACCUGGUAUUAAGUAAAGACUGCAGGCAAAAAUAUAUCGCAUGUUUUAUAGUAUGUGCUUUGUUAACCAGCUAUGGAUCUAGAUUUCACUGCCAGAAUAUUUGUAUUGACUCAUUCUAGCAUAUUACUGGGUUGAUCCUUCACUUCUGCAAGCUCUGCUGCUGCUGGUAAAAAAUGUAUUAAUGUAGUUUUUUGUAAUACAUUUAGAUGUUUGAAUGUGAUUGUGCACAAACAGUUCCGAUUACAGACAUGAAAGCAUCAAUCUUCUGUAGACAUAUUUGUGGGAGGAAAAAAAAAUGUUUUGACUGACAUUUUGGUACUUUUAUAAAUCUGGUAGAAUAAUUAUAUGGACCUGCUGUAGAAUUUCCCAAUUCUUGCAUUAGUUCUGAGAAUUCUGUUGAUGUUAUUAGUCUGCAGUAUUUUGUGCAUUCUAAACAUUACACCAACUUCAGUAUCAGUAACAUUUUGAUUUCUUGUUUAAAGCCAACUAAAGGUAUGAUGUCAUGUUAUCCUCUCUAAAAUGAACCAAAGUGGUGUUGUACCUUCUUCCUGUAGUAAUUAUCAUGGCAUGUUUUAAACAUUGCGUACAGCAUGACAUCUCUUCACAAGUAAAUAACAGAAAAUCUAUGCCAUUUGCUUUUGUUGACAAUUGAUGCACUCGAGUCCCAUUUUGUAGUUCAACCAAAGACCUCUACUGUUCAUAGUUGUUCUUUUCUUUUUUUGUAUUUUUAUAACUAUUUGCAUUCUAGCAUUUAGCAGCUAAAUAAAUUAAACACAAUCUGACAGAUACCAAACCUUGUACCCUAUAGAUUGCCAUUGUCACAUGGCUUUUUUUUUUUUAUUAGUGGGGUACACAAUUUUUUUAUUCUGAAAUGUUAAUAGGCAGCAUCCUAACUUGAGAUUCAUAUGUGUAACACAGAAAUCAUUUGAUGUCAAAAUGAGACCUGUUAUAAAAUGGUCUUGGGUGCACUGAUCUCAAGUUAGAAGGAAUUGGAAUUGUCUGUUGUCUACAGUGAAGGAAUGUCAAAAGUGAAUGGCAUUUGUGUUAACAUUAUGAAGUUGCCAUAUAUAUUAUUUUCUGAAUUAUGUUUAUUUUUUGUACGUCAAGUUCACUUACAGAAAAAGUCAAUUAAUCAGAGCUGAAUAUGGAUGGUUGUGCACUAUGUGUAUGCUUUCAAAAGUACACCUAAACUGUAAGGUGCUUUCCUUGUUUAAUUACAUGUCUUUGCUUAGUGUUUAUAUUUUUUCACAAUUUUUUUGUUAUUGGAUAAAGUCGGUCAAGAUUUUGUGUCCUUAUUGAUUAUAUAAUUAAUUGUUAAGUAAAUAAUUACCGACAGGUGAAAUAACAGGAAACAAAUAGCAAUGUUUCCCUUUAAAUAAUUUCCAUAGAGAUGUUAAUUUAACAUGAAAACCCUGAAAUAUUGAAUGUACCGUUCUAAAUUAGAUGUACACUAGGUCACUGGAAUAAUAUGGAGCAGUUAAUCCAUAAUGAUGUAGCAUCUAGUUUUGUGAAUUGAUAUACAAUGAAAUAAAUUUAUAAGAUUUAAACAAGUUUUGUAUUUGUCAGUGUAAUGAGUGUGGGGGCUAUAGAAGAAUCAAGGUGUUCAUUCCUAAUAUUCUUUUUGAACGAACUGCCUUUGAUAGAUGUAUUAAACUUCAAUGGACAAACAUUUGUAUUGCACCUGAGAAACUGUAUAAAUAUUUUUGGGACACCAUGAUCAUAUAUCUUUAUUCUUCCAAAAGAUAUAUCUGUUUUUUUAUUUUAGCCAGUUUAAGUCUUUAAUUUAACUUUGUCUAUUCCUUGGAGUUUCUCACAUUAGCGUCAGAAAGUAAUAGAUGGUUUAUAAGAAUUAAGUAGAAUGUGUAAAUUGAAUAAUAUUUUUUCUUUAGUGUAUGAGACACUUGUUUUACACUACACCAAGUUAUGCAGAAGAUAAAAAAAUUCAUAAACUUUUUAUAAUUGAAAUUAAAAUAAUCUU